GGUUUGAAGUAUAAUCCUGCACCUUGCUAUCUAGAAAAUGUCUUAUGGAUCCAUUGAUGGGAGUGGAUUUGGGAGCAGGAAUCCAUUUGGAGGCCCUUCAAGACAAGGCUAUCAACCUCUCGCUACCCAGAUUGAUCCCAGCGAACUACAGGAACUUUUUCAGGAGACUUCAGCCAACGUCUUCCGAAUCAACUCCAAUGUGACCUCUUUGGAAAGAAGCCUUCGAUCUCUGGGGACCUCGAACGACACUCAAGAGCUGCAGGAUGGACUGCAUGCAACCCAGCAGGAGACUAAUAAAACCAUCACGACUAGCACCAAAGCCAUCAAGCAGCUGUCUGAGGUUGUCAGAGGCUCAUCCAGGCAAGAACAACUUCAGUUGGACAGGCUGAAGAACCAGCUGUCAGAUGCCAUCCAGAGAUACGGAACUGUGCAGAAGAAAAUAGCAGAGAAAUCCAAAGCUUUGCUUCCUACUGGGCAGAGAAGCACCAAACAGCAGAGCCCUAGGACCCCCUUCUCUGACCUCCGUGAUGAUGAGAAGAUCUUUAAUGGAGGAGAAGGCAUGUGGCAGAACCAGAACCAGGACAAAGCCUUGCUCUCAGAAAUCACAGAGGAGGAUCUGGAGGCAAUUCGCCAGCGAGAAGAGGCUGUUCAGCAGAUUGAGAGUGAUAUGUUGGAUGUGAACCAGAUCAUUAAAGACCUGGCUUCCAUGGUGCAUGAGCAAGGAGACACAAUAGAUAGCAUUGAAGCCAACAUCGAGACUGCAUCUUCUAACGUAGAAUCAGCGAAUGAACAGUUGGCAAAAGCCAGUCAACACCAACUACGAGCCAGGAAGAUGAAGUGCUGCCUUCUCUCUGUUGCAUUGGCUGUUCUGCUGUUCAUCGUCAUAAUCAUCGCCGUCUCAGUCAAGGGCUGAUCUGGCUGCAGUUUCCACAGAGCCUGUGAUCACCCUGUGAAGUGGAAUGGAUUCUCAAGGCGUAUCAGAUUCAGACCCUACGUCAAUGUCUGCUUUACUGACCACAUUAUAAUGAAACUGCUAUAGCCAAUACACACUAAUCGUAUGAAAGAAAAGCUAAAUUUUAUACUGUGUGUUAGUAUAAUUGUGAAUAUGUUUUCUUUUAUUUUUUACCCUUUCACUGCAGAUAUGUUUUACCUUAUGUUACAGAUUUUAAUUAUGUCCCCUGUGUAUCUGGGGAAUGCUAUUUCUUUGCCUCCAGAUUCAGUAUACAGUGUUCAGUAAGACAUAUAACUGUUAAAUCAUUUCUAUUGUUUGUGUUUUUAACAUGCUCCUGAUCUCCAUUUCUGCUCAUUUAAAACCAUGAAAGUCAACACAUUCUGAUUCUUCUUUUGCUGUUGUUUUUGUACAUUUAAAAAGGAUCUAGCUUAGUUUCUCCUGCUGUGCACUGUCGCUAUAGAAUUUGCUUUGCCAGGCUGAGCUAAGCAAUUUCGCUAUUAUGUGUGCCAUUUACAAACGCAUCAAUUAGAUGUUUAUUUGAGCCCAUUGUAUGCACAAAACACUACAUUUAUUUAUGAGAAACAGUAGGGAAAAAGCAGGGCAAACAAACAUUAAGACAUAUUGUACCAUGUUUUUAAGAGGAGAAGACCUUUAACCUGUUAAAAAGUCAAGCAAAGCAUCUCAUGAAAAAUGUCAAGUUUUGCAUUAGGUUUCAUUUCAUUGGUUUCCAUGCAACAAGCAUUUGGGAUUUUGUUCCGUUUUCACCCACACCAUUUUCUGCUGAAAUUCUGAUGGAAAAUGCCAUUUACAUUCUUCCUUAAAUGUGUUGUGUACUAAAAAUGUCAUUUCCCUCCAGCAAAUAAAGCAUUUUAAAAUGGUUUUAAUUAAAUAUCAUAUAAAUUCUUGAGGAGAAUUUCACAAAAUUAUAUGUAUUUUAUUCUUUCUGAAAAGUUGCAUCUUUUGACAUAAAUGUUUCUCACCAGAAAAAGCUACCUCUAUAUGUUAUGGAUUUUUGGUUACUGUGAAGGUUCAGAAAAGAAUAACAAAUAUAAACUAGAUUCUCACCUCCAGUAAUUUGAAUUACAUGCUUCCUUUCCAGAAAGCUGACACAGUCUUUCAUCAGUAAAGGCUGAGCACUGGAAAUGCUCAGAGAAAUCUUACAGGUACUUAAGCUGCAAGAGUCAAACCUGUAAAACUUCUUAAAUCAGGAAGCAAAAAAAUGAGUUUCUGGUGGAUUUUCUCUGGAUCAACAUAACUGGAUCAUUAUAUGUAAUGUAUAUAUUGGUUGCUAUUAAGAUAGCCUAAUUAAUGGAAUGAUACUCUGUUUUCUAACCAAGCUUUGUGCUGGCAUGAAUUUACAAUUUAUGAUACCUACUGUUUACCUUACUACACAGUACACUUCUGAAAUAGAACUCCCUCCUCCUAUCUACUACAACCUGCAGGCUGCUUCUGUCAGAGCAUUUGGCAAAUCCUAUAAUGAUGAAAACCAUUUUCAUCUAGUUAGUAAGAGCUGAAACAAACCCAGCUCGUAGCGAUUGCAAGCAAAUAUUUCAGUGCUUCAAGCUGUAUUUGAACAGUGGGUACAGACCAAACAAUCCUUGCUCAUUCACUAAUCCCAUUCAUUAGAAGCUCAGUGAUUACCUUAUUAGUAUGAUGCAGUGCAGAGACAGACUGAUGGAGCUUUCGCUAAGCCAGCAGACACAGCAGAUGCAUUUGGCAUCCAUGACCCAGGUGGAGCAUUUCUCUACUGAAACUAUAGAGGCUGCCUGGCUUAGAACAAGAAUGAAAUACCUACAUGACAACAUAGACAUACUGCUCCCUGUUGUGUAUUAUAAACUUUGUUAUAAUGGCAAAUGCUAUUUGAAAAACAACACGAUUUCAUGAAGUUGCUAUAAAACAGUAAAUGCAUGCUGAAUCAUACAA